GGGGUUUUGUAGCGGGUACAGCAGCUGAAUUGGCCAACCGCCAGCGUGCACCAGUGCAGAGGCCACUGUAUUGUGCAGCUUCUUUAAUGUCCGUUUAAAAUGUAACACAACCAGUGCAGCGUAUUCUGACUCAGCGAUUACGCUGGUAGACAAACUAGAGUCUGUGAGCUGUUCUAGUUAGCAUAUGAAGCUCAAGCUGUUUCUCAGAGUCGCAGCUUUGAGGGAUCUGCCACGGGGGAUGACUGGCAUCCCGACAGCUACAGCGCUGAUAUCACGUUUCUUUGUUCAGAAGAAGAUUUUAUGACGAAUUCAUCUGCAGUUUUUGGGAUUAAGGAGGAGAAAAGCCAAGCGCACACUGGGAAAGCCUGCACGGCCAUCAUCAAUGAUUUUCAUACUGAGGAAGAGUGAUAACCAACCUGUCAUCGUGUGGCCCAAACCUGCUUUAGACCUUUUAUGAACCACAGCAUCAAUUGGCUGCAACAUGGUGGUCUACAGUCUGACAGGAGUCGCUGCAGGGACUAUGGGUUCUCCCUAAACUGGCUGCACGUCAGACACUUACUGUAUGAAAAUAAUGUCGUGCAGUAACAGAGAAUUGGUUAAGUUCUUUUUAGGUUAUAAGCUUUCUCAGAGGAACUACCCAGAAUCUCUUCUGAUGUUGAGGAUUGGGGGAGAACAGCGUGAAGGUGAGGAGGUCACCACAGCGUCCAGUAAUGGCGUUCCUCAGACUCCUUCAGCUGUGCUGCAGCACUGCAGUGGUGCAGAGGCUGUAAAGGCUGCUCUCAAGGACUCAGCUGACGAGUUUGAACUUCGCUUCACACAAGCCUUUCGUAACCUUUUCUUAAAGCUGGACCUCACUCCGGACACAGUCUACCACAGUUUUAAGAGCGUGAUGGAUGAGGUCUUCAGAGACGGAGUCAACUGGGGACGCAUAGUCGGCCUGUUUACUUUCGGAGGAGUACUGUGUGUGGAAUGUGUGCAGAGGAAUAUGAGUGAGUUAGUUCCCCGCAUUGCAGACUGGAUGACCAUGUACUUGGAUGAAUACAUUGAUCCAUGGAUCCAGAGCCAAGGAGGCUGGGACCGUUUUGCUGAGAUUUUUGGCACAGACUGUAUUCCAAGAACGAGGAGUUGUCGGGACACAGUGAGAAGAUGGCUGCUAGUGGGAGCAGGCCUGCUUGCAGCAGUGUUGAUUGGUGUUCUGAUCACUAAAAAGCAUUGAAUGCAGUUGACCUGUCUGUCCAGUGCUACUGCAAUGCUUUGCCAACAGAACAAAUCUAAUUCAUACACGUUUACAAAAUGCCUGAUCUGCUGUGUAGCUUGAGGAGCUUUUCAGGGAGGAAUCAUAGUCUUCUGGUUUACAAAAACCUAGGAAGUAGGACAGAUGUAGCCGGUGUGAAACAUAACUGAGGAUUCUGAUUUUCAAGUAAAGCCCACAAAAGUGAAAAUGCACAAGGAAUUUGUGUUCUAGUUUAGAUUUUUAGACUGUCUUCAAUCAUCAUUUUAGAUUGUUAUUAUUGUAUUGUUUUUUUAAUGAAGGUUGACUGAUGCCUCGACCAAUCAGCAGUCGUUAUAGUGUAGAGUUUCUAAGCGAUUAGAAUUGGUUGUGUCAAGAUAGUGUGGCGUCAUCAUGCGCAACCUUGGUGUUUUUUUUUUGUUUUGUUUUUUUACUUUGGUGUUUCUGUGAAAUAGGAGCUAUCUGUCUGGUUCAGACAUGGGGAAACUGUGGCCUGUGGGCCAGAUACAGCCCGCCAAAAGGUGGUAGGAGGUAUGGUAAAGAUUUAUAUCAAUCCUUUUUCUUGCGUUAUAACAAAUUGACUGUAAUUUCAGUUGAUGCCACUUGAUGGCGGCACACAUCAAUUGUGUCAAAAUUUUCUUUGAAAGUUCAAGUUUAUUUUUGUAUUUAUAUUAUUUCACCCAGCAUUCUACAUCCAACCAGUACUGAACCUGCCCGCCAGUAAACUUUUGAACCUCUUGUCCAAAAGAAAAUAUUUAACCAUCACGUAGACAAGUGUUGCAUAAACAGGAUCUUACAGCACAAUUCAGUGAUGGAAACAUUGCAUUCUUUAUUGUCACAUACAGUAGUUGAAAGUAGGUACCACACAAUACAGUCCUAUGAUCACAGCUGGAUCAGAAAUUCUCCGGUGUCCUUUUAGUAAAAAAAAAAAAAAACGGGUUUUUUUUUUUUUUUUUUUUCUGAGUCCUGGAAAACUGUUUUAUAUUAUCUCACUUCCUGGCUGACAAUUACUUAUACUGACAUGUUGCAAGUGUUUUUGUUUUGUUUUUUAAAGCGUGUUAGCAGUAAAACAAGAAACUAGCAUUAGUUUUUUUUUAUUGAGUCACAUGGUACGUCACACACUCAUAACAUGUAGGCUGGAUGUAUGCCACAAAUUCCUUUUUAAAGAUAAACACAGAUUGACUCUGUUGUAAAACCAGAAUUCAAUAGGCUCAUUUUUUUAUCUUCCAAAUUGAAUAAUUAUUUUUUUGUUGUUUGUCUUUUUUUUAUUCUAUUUUGUUAAGUCCAGCAAAUGUUGAAAGCUCCUAUGUCACCAGUCUAGAGGUGAAUCAACCUAGAUAAGCUAUGUUACGUGAGUGUAAAGCAACUUCUUUUUGUCAUGUUUUAUUAUUUUUGUGUAUGCCAAGGGCCAAUUAUUUAUGGCAUAUUUAUAUAAUUUGUUGGCUUUACUUGAUGUAAAAAGGAAAAAUAAAUGUAGGUUUUUCAUGGUC